GCUGGUUUUAUGACGGGGGGUUUUGAGCUGCGCUCCUUCCUGUUCUACGGUGGCUGUGGGUUCACCAUCAUGCGCUGUAUGAGUUUUGCUCUGGAGAACUGUGAGAAGAAAGAAGGAAACUACAGCAUCCUGGAACUCCUCAAGUACAACUUCUACCUGCCUUUCUUCUACUUCGGACCCAUCAUGACCUUCGACAAGUUCUAUGUUCAGGUAAUUAUCAUGACCUUCAACAAGUUCUACGCUCAGGUAAACAUCAUGACCUUCGACAAGUUCUACGUUCAGGUAAACAUCAUGACUUUCGACAAGUUCUACGCUCAGGUAAACAUCAUGACCUUCAACAAGUUCUACGCUCAGGUAAACAUCAUGACCUUCGACAAGUUCUACGCUCAGGUAAACAUCAUGACCUUCGACAAGUUCUACGCUCAGGUAAACAUCAUGACCUUCGACAAGUUCUACGCUCAGGUAAACUCAUGCCUUCAAACAAGUUAUACGCUCAGGUAAACAUCAUGACCUUCGACAAGUUCUACGCUCAGGUAAACAUCAUGACCUUCGACAAGUUCUACGCUCAGGUAAACAUCAUGACCUUCGACAAGUUCUACGCUCAGGUACAUUUCAUGACCUUCAACAAGUUAUACGCUCAGGUAAACAUCAUGACCUUCAACAAGUUCUACGCUCAGGUAAACAUCAUGACCUUCGACAAGUUCUGUGUUCAGGUAAACAUCAUGACCUUCGACAAGUUCUAUGUUCAGGUAAACAUCAUGACCUUCAACAAGUUAUAUGUUCAGGUACACAACAUGUAACCUAUAGACUCAGUUCUAUGUUCAGGUACAUAUUAUGUAAAUGCACACAUAAUAUCAAAUGCAAAAUGCAGAGAGCAUCAGUGACUGACAGUGUUGGUGUCUCCUGCCAUCGACAGGCUCAUCUUACCUGUGCACGUGUGUGUGUGUGUGUGUGUGUGUGUGUGUGUGUGUGUGUGUGUGUGUUGUGUGCACGUGUGUGUGUGUGUGUGUGUGUGUGUGUGUGUGUGUGCGUGCGUGUGUGCGUGUCUCCUCCAGGUCAACAAGGCUGACUUGACCCGUAAGGAGGGGGCGAUAUGGAACAUAUCUCUGCAGGGUCUCGUUCAACUGGGGGCCAUAUUAACGGUGGACAUCCUCUUCCACUUCCUGUACAUCCUGAGCAUCCCCACGGACAUGAAGCUGCUCAAACACAUGUCUGACUGGGCUGUAGGUCUGUAAUAUUAACAUGUCUGUCUGUCUCCUGUAGUUGGUCUGGCCUUCUAUAACCUGGUGUAUGACUGGUCUCUCUCUCUGUCUCCUGUAGUUGGUCUGGCCUACUAUAGCCUGGUGUAUGACUGGGUGAAGGCAGCGGUGAUGUUUGGGGUGAUCAACACUGUGUCUAGACUGGACCAUCUGGACCCUCCUCAACCUCCUAAAUGUAUCACAAUGCUCUACGUCUUCUCUGAGACGUACGUCAACAGACCUGUCAGACCUUCUCACUUCUCAACAUCUUUGUGUUUUCACAAAUGAAGUAAUUUGUUAUUUUUCUCCCUUAUAGGCACUUUGACAGAGGAAUAAACGACUGGCUGUGCAAGUAAGUCACCAGCAUGUCACUUCAUUCAUACCAAACAUGGUCCUGUGGUCCUCUGUAGCUCAGCUGGUAGAGCACGGCGCUUGUAACGCCAGGGUAGUGGGUUCGAUCCCCGGGACCACCCAUAUGUAAAAAUUUAUGCACGCAUGACUGUAAGUCACUUUGGAUAAAAGCGUCUGCUAAAUGGCAUAUUAUUAUAUUUAUAUUAUAUUAUAAACAUCAGAGCUGUAAUCUCAUAACCGUGUCUGUAUCUACGUCUCCAGGUAUGUGUAUGAUUACCUGGGAGGGAAGCAUGACAACUUGUGGGACGAGGCCAUUGCUACGCUGUGUACUUUUGGCAUCACUGUCCUGUGGCUGGGACCCUGUCAGGUGGUGUUAAUCUGGGCCUUCUUCAACUGCUUCGGACUCAACUUUGAACUCUGGACCGCCAAGUUCUUCUGCAUGGAACCUUUUGCUUCUCUAGAGGUAAGAGAGCGUAUGCUAGUUGAUACCUAUAGACUUCCAGUCAUUGCGCUGACGCUGGUUAGCAUUGGCUCGCAAACAACCUCUAACUUCCUUCAUACUGGACACAGAGACAUAAAAAUGGUAUCCACCACGAGUUCAUCUGACGCUAGGGAAGUAGAUAAAGGGGCCUCAUUGACAAAAUCACUUUAACACCAUCCCUCCUCUAGAUGGCGAUGUCUCCUGCUGUGUCUCGUAUGAUCAGAGCUCUGCUCAACAUCUCUCUCUCUCUCAAUUCAAUUUCAAUUCAAUUUAAGGGCUUUAUCGGCAUGGGAAACGUAUGUUAACAUUGCCAAAGCAAGUGAAGUAGAUCGUAAACAAAAGUGAAAUAAACAAUAAAUAUUAACAGUAAACAUUAAUGGUCCCCUCUCUCUCUCUCUCUCAGAUGGCAAUGUCUCCUGCUAUGUCUCGUAGGAUCAGAGCUGUGUUCAACACCUUUAACUUCUGGACCAUCAUCCUAUACAACGUCAUCGCUCUCAACAGCCUGGAGUUCACUAAGCUGGUCGCCAAGAGACUGCUGCUCAAAGGUAACAGAUAGUUAGGUUUCCUUCUGAUCUGCCUCUUGAUCUCGAUUUUGAAGAAUGUGCGAUACUCAUACUGAACAUGAUAUUGAAUAUGCACAACUGCUUUGGUGUGGUACUAGCAUACUAUGAUCACACUAUACUAUGUUAUAUAGUAACCUUGAGUAACAGUAGACACACUAUGACUGGUUCCUCCCCCUCAAGGCCUCCCAUCCUACCAUCUCUGUGUUGAUAACUAGUAUGUUCCUUGAUAUAAGUGAUAAUGCCAGAGAAGCUGUUGUUUGGAUAUAUUGGCACAGGUGUUGUUAGGUCCGAGAUGAAGUCGAGGGCUGGCAAACCGUGCCAAUAUAUCCUCCAAACAACGGCUUCGAGGGCAUUAUCACUUUUAUACAACGGGUUACCAACAUAUUCAAAUGAUGAUUGACAUAUUUUCAUUAAAAACGUUAUUUUGAGGAAUGUAUUCAUACUAUUUCAUCCUUCCACAAGAUAUAGUCCCAACACAAAUCUAGGGUUGCUACCUAAGCCGGCUGGUUGUUUGUUCUAUCGGUUUGGUUGCCAGAGACGCGACCCAGUCCUUCAGUCUUUUUGUUCUGUAUCUAUGGACACGACCCAGUCGUUCGUUCUAAAUGUUCCAUUGCCAUACUGGCUGGCAACGUUCUUAUCCCUUGCUUGCUAGCCAACUACGGCUAACUUACAGUUACGUCAAAAAGUGCAGCCUGAAUAACAUCAAAGUAGCCACAUUUGCAUUUGUUUAAGCUGUUUUCUAUUGACAUUUAUUUGGAUAUAUCCAUAAAAAUUAUGCCAGAUGAUUCAUGAUUUCGACUGGCUGAGAAACGCUGUCUGUCCGUCUCGUCCCGACUCCAACACGUUCAUUACUAUGGGACAGCUGGAGAUCGAAGUUGAAUAUUGAAACAAUGUUGCAAAAGUCGGAAAACAGACAGAAAGGUCUAUACAAAUCUCCGCUGUUGAAAACUAAAUGUUAGUCUAAAAGAAAUGUCUAGAUGCUUUUUAUAGUGGAGAUCAAGUUUAUAAAUUGCCUGGCUGGGCUGAUGGGACAGUGGAUUGGGCAGUCAGAUGCAACAGAGUAAAUAGGUGGUCCUCUGUAGCUCAGCUGGUAGAGCACGGCACUUGUAACGCCAAGGUAGUGGGUUCGAACCCCGGGACCACCCAUACACAAAAAUGUAUGCACGCAUGACUGUAAGUCGCUUUGGAUAAAAGCGUCUGCUAAAUGGCAUAUUAUUAUUAUAGGCAUUUUUACGUCAUAGAUUUAGCUGGUGGUAACUUGUGGAAUAAACACCGGCUGGAAUAAGGUUAUAACCAAUAGGAUUCAGGAUUAGACCCACCCGUUGUAUAAAUAUAGUUAUUAGUAUACCAUGUUGACUUGUUCCUUCCCCUCCAGGCUUCCCCAUCACCACCAUCACUGUCCUCAUAGUGACCUACUGUCUGGUCCAGCUCAUCAAGGAGAGAGAGAGAAGACAGGUUCUGAUCGACGACCCCGACCCCAUCCCUCCCCCCGCCCCCGUCCCUCCCCCCACCCCCACCACACCCACUGUGGUCACGUCCACAGCCCCCAUUCAGCCGGUGGUGGACCCCAGCAAGGAGAAAGCAGAGUAG